ACACUCAAAAAUUGAGAAAUCCAAGAGUUGUAGUUUUCGUUUUUACUAUUAAUCGAAAAAAAAAAUGCCUGGCAUCACCCUUGGAGACACUGUGCCCAACCUUGAAGUUGAAACCACCCAUGGAAAAAUCAAGCUUCAUGACUAUUUUAAGAAUGGUUGGACAAUCAUUUUCUCUCAUCCUGCUGAUUUCACACCAGUUUGCACUACGGAACUUGGUAAGAUGGCAGCUUUCCAGCCAGAGUUUGAAAAACGAGGGGCAAAGCUUUUGGCUUUCUCUUGUGACAAUGUACAAUCACAUAACAAGUGGAUCAAGGACAUUGAAGCCUACACUCCUGGGUGCAAGGUAACAUACCCAAUCGUUGCCGAUCCCAAAAGAGAGAUUCUCAAGCAACUUAACAUGGUGGACCCAGAUGCUAAAGACUCUUCAGGGAAUGAGCUCCCAAAUCGAGCUCUUCAUAUCGUAGGUUCUGAUAACAAGAUCAAGCUGAGCUUAGUAUACCCAGCAACCACUGGUCGCAAUAUGGAUGAAGUUUUGAGGGCCUUGGAUGCCCUGCAAAAGGUAUCAAAGUACAAAGUUGCCACACCAGUAAAUUGGAAACCAGAUGAUCCUGUGGUGAUUUCUCCUGCUGUAACCAACGAGGAAGCCAAAGAAAUGUUCCCUCAAGGUUUUGAGACUAAAAAGCUUCCAUCCGGGUUGGAAUACUUACGCUUCACUCAUGUUUGAUGGUUGGAAAACUUAAAAUAUUUCUUAGUAUCCAAUAAAAAAUAUGUAAAAAGCAAACAUAUAGUACAUAUACAUGACUAUAUGGCUUCGAACAUAUUAUACUUUUCUUGUAAGUUUUAUUAUGUAAGAACUGCUUACAGUUAAAUAAAGUUGAAUUUUAUUUAUGCUUGUCGGGAGUUAAACCCGGAUCUAUUGCUCAGAUGGCAAUUAUCCUAACUCUUGAAGUACAAAUGUGACCUAUUCUUUAA